GAUUCAGAAUCUGCAAUACUGGACAGAUAGAUUGAAAAGUUUCUAAUUAUGGGUGAAUUGAAAUAAGUAAAAAUAAAAAUUGAAGCUGCUAUGAGAAGUCCCAUCUUUGAGCUCACAGAUAUUAAUAAUGCAGAAGUCAACUAGGGAUAUUUUCUGAACCAUGUGUUGCUGCAUGUCACAAUAAACCAAAAACAAACGUGUAGAAUUCUUUAGUAUGACACAUUUUAUAUCAAUUGUCACAAAAAUGAAAAAUAUUUAUUGAAGUGAGCAAUUUUUACCACAAAAACACAGAUUAAUUUUAGAUGUCCUGAUCAAAGUAAAGCAGAGUGAGUGAAUUUCACAAGUUACCUCAUGCAAUAUCAAUUUAUUUUGUUAGUAUUUGCUCAUAGAUGGGACUUUUCAACUAAUCCAUAAUCGAAGAUCAUUUGAUUUCUUUGUCAUGCUGAAAGUGGGUUGAGGAGCAAAUCUAAAUUAUCUACGAGAAAAUUUGAUUUACCUAGCAGAUAUUUCACAGAUAUCUUUGGAAACAUCCAUAAUUUAUGCUGUGAAAAUUUGCAGCAAAUAAGAGAGUUAAGCGGAAAUUGUUCUAAAGAUUUGAUGAUUUGAGAUUAAAUGAUUCUACGGUAAAAACGAUGUCGCAGGAAGUAAUGAAGUACGUUUUAUGCAGGUUACAGGGCUGAGACUGUUCACAAAUAUGCCUGAGACUCCAUGUCUGAGCACCUUUACAUUCAUUUCUUUAUUUAUUUGGAUGGAACGGUGCAUAUUAAUGAGUGUACUGUUUCAUAAAGUGUACACAAGGUUGCAGUAAAUAAGCCGGAUUUACUGUACGGCUAGUUUCAUCUGUUGACCAAAAGAUAAAAUAAAAGCAUACAGGGUUACAGAUGUAUAAAAACAAUAUAGAAAAAACAAAGACAAUGAUGAUUAAAGAAUUCUGGCUGGAUUAAAACAACCCUAAAAUGCUAUUAUUUUAGUAAAGUGCUGUUAUAAAGUUCUUACAGCUAAAAUUCCUGUUUUCCUCAAUGUUCACGAGUUGGAUCGUUAAUCUGCCGUGCCUUAUACUGUCUCUGGAGCUUUCUCUGAUAGCUGAAGGUAAAGUAUUCCGGUUUGUGCAAACUUUAAUAGAUAAUCUGUGCAAAGGAGGACUUUCUAAUCCCUCUGGUGGCUGACCUUGUGUUAGUUAUACCAUUUGUCUUUUGGAUAAACUCCCCCAUUGGCGGUGGGGCCAUCCCAUUCAUAGACUGACAUAUCAGGCAAGCACUUUUAAAUAAUCUGAACUUCUCAAGGCCAUCAUGCUGCUUUUUAAAUCUUCCUUUCCACUCAGCUCAGUCACGCGUAGCUCCUCAUCAGGCCACUAAGCCGCCUGCUGCUCACAGGAAAUGAGGAGCUGUUGACUGUGUUGGUCCUAAUUUACUGGAUCACAAUCUUCAAUUCACACAUGCAAAAAUAGAAGGAAAAAAACAGGAAGUAGAGAGAAUGAGGGUGACGUUUAUUUUUUUAAGAAGUGAGACAGAACAAAAGAGAGCAAACACACUGCACCCACCUGCUUUUCAGAAAGUGCAAACACCAAAGUCGAUUAGACGUAAAGGCGCUGCUUAGAUAAGAGGCAUUCCACUGAGCUGAGCGAGGAUUGGCCUCUGCUUCCUGCAUUUCAGCUCAUUUGUUUUCAUUCAAACUUGUGUCAGUCACAUGUUGCCUCCCAGCAGACUGGUUUUCUUACAGGAGAAUGUGUUGUUCUGUCUCAGGUGCAGUUUUUUUUUUCUUUCUGUUAAGUCAGUCACGCUCUAAAUGUGUCGCUGUUGACAUGAUGCCACAGAUCAGUUUUCAACUGGGUGAGCUGGCAUCAAUUCAGACAGAAUUCAGGAAAUAUGUGACUGCACUGUUGGAUUUGGUUCAGAAUUUUUGUGUUUGUUGUUUGGGACCCAAAACAAUAAAUAUUUGUGGCUGAAUUUGGAUAACUUCAUAUGUUUUCCCUCAGCUGUGUUGCUGUUCAGUUCUCAUUUCAAGUAUGUGAACAUUCAGUACAGCAAAGUAAGCCUCACGUGUUGUUAAAUGUAAACAUGAACCACAUAUAGAACACAUCAUUUUGUCUAAAUAGCAAAAACAUUUACCCUUGUCUUGCCAUUCUUGCCACACAUUAAAUUCUACUGAUGUUUGAGGCUUAAAAUAUUAAUUAAAUAAUUGACCAUGAACUUAAUUUUUUGUAGGAAAUAUGGAUAUAUCCAUAAUAGGGCUGGUUGAUAAAUCGAAUUAAUCCGAUUAAUUUGCGUUUUUAAAACCUGACGAUUUGAAAAUUUGCCAAAUCAUAAAAUCGAGGCGAGCUUAAAUAUAUAACAAUACAGAUUCUUCUUCUGCCUUUCACGACUUGUGCACUGGCGUUUGCUUCCGCCUCUCAUCUCCUUCCGCCAAAACACUCAUACCCCCGUCAUGGCGGACAGAACAGCAGAUGAAGAGUUGGUCGCGAGAAAAGGGCCUCAUGUUACAUCGAUUAUAUGGAAGUGGUUCGGCUUUGACAAGACUGACACACAAAGCAAGCAAACUUCAGGCAAGUGCAAGGUUUGCAAAAGUACUGUGAAAACGAAGAGUAGCAGCACAACUAACCUCUUUCAGCACCUCCAGCAGAGGCAUCCUAAAGAAUGGGAAGAGUGCUGGCAGCUACGGGACUGCAGCAUGGCUAGCACUAGCCAUAGCAAACAGACCGCAAAGACAACAACAAAAAUUGAUUAAAAUCAUAAUCGUCCAAGAUGACUAAAAAAAAUCGAGAUUUUUUUUUUGGCCAUAUCGCCCAGCCCUCAUCCAUAAAUAAACACUUACAGGAACAUUUUAGGGGUUGUAAUACCACCCAGGUUUGGAAAUGUUGCACUUUUUUACAUUUUAAAGGGACAAUAAUUAAACAUUUGUCCUCUGCUGGAGUCAUUCAAUCGUUUAAAUCCACUGGAAACAAUUUCAUUGGUUACUUGCUAGAAGUGUUAUAUUUCUGGAGAUAGUUAAUCUUUAGAACGACUUUGGAGGGUUAAAAUACAAAAAUUCCAGGUCUGAAAAUUUAUGAAAUGUUUAAAAUUCAGACAAAAUAUUUGACAGAACUUAUUUUUUGCUUAUUCUUUACCACUACUAUUAAGUGUUUUAUUCAGACCCUACCAGGUUAACCUUAUUAGAUUUUUCACAGACUAACACUCACAUUUGUGGAUGUUUUGGGGUAAAACUAACACAUCUCUACAUGCAUUUCCAGCCUGAGCUUUGUCUUCCAUCAUUCUCCUCACAGGUGCUGCAUCUAACACUUUGCUUACUAACAUCUUAGCUUCUACGUUCCUGUCUGUUGUUGUUUCUCACAUUUCCAUGUUCUCAUCCUCCAUCCCAUCAUUGCCUCCAUCGCUCAGCCGCUAGAAGACCCCUCGACCUGGACAAAUACAGCCGUCACAAAUCCCCCAGUCGACAUGAGGCAAGCUCCCGUCGCGAUUACUCCCCGGAUUACAGCUCGACGGAACCCAAGCGGAGCCGCUACCCGAAGCUGGACUCAGCGGCGCCCCACGGUCGCUCCAGGUACCCGGAGCACUACCUGGUGGCGGAGGGUGGACGCAGCAGGCACGCAGAUCCAUACCCAGAGCACCUGCUGCCCUCUAGAGGCAAACACGGGGACCGGUAUCCAGAUUACGAGCCCAGCAGGACCAGGGGCCCGGGAGGGGAGGACUCAGAGAGAGUGGUGAGGAGGAAGGAGAGACCGGCUAGACCUCCUCAACCACAUGCCCCCAUAGAAAGAGACAAGGACUGGAGCAGAGACAGAGCUAGAGACAGACGUAGGGACCAGGAAUGGGAGAGACACAUGGAGAAAGACUACAGGAGAGACCGGGACCGAGACCAGGACCACAGGAGAGACCAGGACUACAGGAGGGACCGGGACCAGGACCACAGGAGGGACCGGGAAAGAUCCAGAGACCGAGGACAGAGUGGAGACAGACGCAGAGAAAGACAAAGAGACAGAGACAGACGACGAGAAAGAACUCGGAGCAGAGACAGAGGACUGGACGAGGAGUUUUUGGAGGCGGGACUCAGCAGGCCGAGGGAGGGCCGAGCAUCCUGGGAGGAGGAGGAGGAGGAGGAUGAUGGGAGGAAGGCCAGGGGUCGGCAGCGAUUCCACUCUGAACCCGAAGACGUGUUUGACGAACGGAGAGGCGAUGCUCAGCAGCUCUGGGACCCCCGAGAUAACGAGGGUCCCAGCAGGGAGCGCAGUCAAAGUCACCCAACCGGAGAGACAGGUCGAAUUGUUCACCGGGGCAGUGGAGCGGUCAUAGCAGAAACUGAGUACGGACUGAACGAAGCCACCAAGGGUCUGACAAAGCUCGAUCUCCGUGAGCAGGAGCUGAAGGACAUGGAGGUGGCCCGGAAGAUGCAAGAAGAGGAAAUCAAGGCCAGUAAGACGCACGUUCGUGCGGCCCAAGUAGCACAAGAUGAGGAAAUCGCCCGACUGCUGAUGGAACAAGAGAAGAAGGAGUACAAGAAGAACCGUGAGCGGGAGAAAGAGAAGGAGCGAGAGAGGGAGAGGCUGGCCAUGGAGAGGAUGGCGAUGGAGAGGAGGCGGCAGGAGGGAGACUACCGGCCAAACUCAGAGGAAGUGGUCCGGCCCAGAACACGAGACGAGUACGAGCACCAGAAGCAGAGGAACCACCACAAGCCUGCCAGGCCUCCUCAGCCUCGUGCACACGACUAUGAGAAUGUGAACUCUGCUUACGGCUACUCGGACCACCCUGGUGCCCCUCGAGCUCCAACCAGACCCGAGGCUGCCUGCAGAGGUGCCUAUUACAAGCGGUGACUCAGGCUGAGUCCAGACGUGCUGUCAGUCCUCGUCCAUCCUCCUCCUUUUUAUUUAUCUUUUUGUUUUCUGCCAUUUACACUCUGUUGACCAAAAGCCUUGGGACAAUCUAAUGAGUUGGCGAUGGGACUUUUGUUUUUUAUUUUCAUUUUAUUUUUAUUUUUGUUAACCUCCAAAGUCGGCCCUGAGUUGAGGAAGUGCUGGAACAUCUUUAUUUUUUGUGUUUUUUUUUUUUACUGAACAGCCAAAAGAGCAGACGCCUUGUGACACUCAAACUCCCAUGAUCCUCAGCUGUCAAAACAGGAAGUGGCCCCUUGUCGUCAUCGUGUUCUGGUGUUUUGGGCUUCGUCUGCUGGAUUCAAACGUCACUUUUCCUCUUCGUCCGGUCCAACAUGGCCGCCGGCCGCAGUGUCUUCGAUUCCACCGUCGGCGGCUGCUUCCUGUUUCCUGUCCACGUGCCACACAGCCGGCAGCUCCAGAUGGAGACUUUUCUGUUGCUGUUCUCAAACUCAACAAGCCUUUUAUCAUGGUGCUGGUAGCUCUGACACGUUCACCACGAGGAGGCGGAGCUAUGUGACGAUCCGCGGACGCCGAUUGGCCGCUUUUUUAACGCCAUGACUGUAUAUGACUCACUGUUUCUAUGUGCAUGCUUACUGUACGGCCGUGUACGUGCAUUUCAGCCGCCUAUUAACCGACUCUUUAUCACCACAAAGGGCUAAAGCCACAAAUAGCCGAUAAUCUUCUCUUUGCGAAUGAUCAAAGUAUCCGCUAGCUCAUUAGCCGCCGUGCAAUAUUAUCACUUUUCUGCCGCUUUUUAUAUCAGCUCGUCGUUUACGAACCAAAAGCGGCCCGCACAAAGAAACAAAAUGAGAUGCAUGUAUGUUGCUCGUCUGAGUCUGACCUGAAUUCAUGCUUUCAGCACAGAUGUUUCUGAGUAUUUGCUCUGGUGUAUUUUUUUCUUGUUUUUUUUAUUUUUUUACUUGUGAUACCAAAUCAUGCCUCCCGUUUUGUCUCCUCUCCUGAAGUCUUGCGUCCUGCUUCUUAUCUCUGUUUAAAAAGGGAGCCUUAUAUUUAUUUUUCUAGUCUAUUUUCUCAUCCUUCCUUACAUUGUCCCCCCUCCAAAGCUUUCCAGUUUCACUUCCAGUCCUCUCCUCUUUAUCUGGGACUCAGAAGCAGACUCCACUUCCUGCCUGCAGAAAAAAACAAACAUUUCCACAGUAGAAGUGCAUCUGGAUGAAGGGAAAUCUAAGGAUCAGCUGGGAAAAAAAACUCUCUUCCGACCUAAGUUCCUGCUCAAACGGACCUAUUUUAGCGUUUUUGCCGCUCCAGGAUCUGAUAUUUUCUGUUCAUAUUGAAUAAGGAUGAAAUUUAAGAGCACAUUUUGAACUUUUGAGUUUACUGAGAUGUUCUUUUGAGGCUGUUUCCAAGUUCUCUUAUAAAUGUUGCUGAAAUUGUAAAAGGGCCUCCUGCUGAAGAGAGGGAAUUUUCUUUACUAAAAUGUGAGAUGUUUGUGUUUGACAAAGGGAGUUAUUGAUCAUUUGUGCUAAAUGCUGACAGAAUGGGAUGUGUGCCAUAUGUUUGUUUUUUUCAGGGAUUUGAAAAUAAGAAAGUAGUCUUGGUUGUAGCAGAGCCACCACACCCACCGAGGUGGGCCUCCUAAUUUAUUCUGUGAUGAGAGCGCCACCUGGUGGUCGACAAUUGGGGAGGAAGGAUUAAAAAACAUACAGAGUUGAUGUGAUGGGAUGCGUCUUUGAUUGUGUAUUUGUGGAUGUUUUGUGCGUCAGACUUUGGAUUCAAGUGUUGUUUUCUUUCAUCUAGGGCUUGUAUGCAAUCUACCGAUCAUGGACCAGCACUCGAGUGUUGGCACUUGCUGUAACAGAACUUUUUUUAAGUGAAAUGAUGAAGUUGCUUUUACUUCGAGCAUCUUAAAAUGUAAUAAACUGUAUCAGCAUUUCCACUGAA